AUGGACCAGACUCGGCCCUACAGGAGGACAUGGACCAGACCCGGGUCUACAGGAGGACAUGGACCAGACUCGGCCCUACAGGAGGACAUGGACCAGACUCGGCCCUACAGGAGGACAUGGACCAGACUCGGCCCUACAGGAGGACAUGGACCAGACUCGGCCCUACAGGAGGACAUGGACCAGACUCGGCCCUACAGGAGGACAUGGACCAGACUCGGCCCUACAGGAGGACAUGGACCAGACUCGGCCCUACAGGAGGACAUGGACCAGACUCGGCCCUACAGGAGGACAUGGACCAGACUCGGCCCUACAGGAGGACAUGGACCAGACUCGGCCCUACAGGAGGACAUGGACCAGACUCGGCCCUACAGGAGGACAUGGACCAGACUCGGCCCUACAGGAGGACAUGGACCAGACUCGGCCCUACAGGAGGACAUGGACCAGACUCGGCCCUACAGGAGGACAUGGACCAGACUCGGCCCUACAGGAGGACAUGGACCAGACUCGGCCCUACAGGAGGACAUGGACCAGACUCGGCCCUACAGGAGGACAUGGACCAGACUCGGCCCUACAGGAGGACAUGGACCAGACUCGGCCCUACAGGAGGACAUGGACCAGACUCGGCCCUACAGGAGGACAUGGACCAGACUCGGCCCUACAGGAGGACAUGGACCAGACUCGGCCCUACAGGAGGACAUGGACCAGACUCGGCCCUACAGGAGGACAUGGACCAGACUCGGCCCUACAGGAGGACAUGGACCAGACUCGGCCCUACAGGAGGACAUGGACCAGACCCAGGUCUACAGGAGGAUAUGGACCAGACAGGUCUACAGGAGGACAUGGACCAGACUCAGCCCUACAGGAGGACAUGGACCAGACUCAGCCCUACAGGAGGACAUGGACCAGACCCAGGUCUACAGGAGGACAUGGACCAGACUCGGCCCUACAGGAGGACAUGGACCAGACUCGGCCCUACAGGAGGACAUGGACCAGACUCGGCCCUACAGGAGGACAUGGACCAGACUCGGCCCUACAGGAGGACAUGGACCAGACUCGGCCCUACAGGAGGACAUGGACCAGACUCGGCCCUACAGGAGGACAUGGACCAGACUCGGCCCUACAGGAGGACAUGGACCAGACUCGGCCCUACAGGAGGACAUGGACCAGACUCGGCCCUACAGGAGGACAUGGACCAGACUCGGCCCUACAGGAGGACAUGGACCAGACUCGGCCCUACAGGAGGACAUGGACCAGACUCGGCCCUACAGGAGGACAUGGACCAGACUCGGCCCUACAGGAGGACAUGGACCAGACUCGGCCCUACAGGAGGACAUGGACCAGACUCGGCCCUACAGGAGGACAUGGACCAGACUCGGCCCUACAGGAGGACAUGGACCAGACUCGGCCCUACAGGAGGACAUGGACCAGACUCGGCCCUACAGGAGGACAUGGACCAGACUCGGCCCUACAGGAGGACAUGGACCAGACUCGGCCCUACAGGAGGACAUGGACCAGACUCGGCCCUACAGGAGGACAUGGACCAGACUCGGCCCUACAGGAGGACAUGGACCAGACUCGGCCCUACAGGAGGACAUGGACCAGACUCGGCCCUACAGGAGGACAUGGACCAGACUCGGCCCUACAGGAGGACAUGGACCAGACUCAGCCCUACAGGAGGACAUGGACCAGACCCAGGUCUACAGGAGGACAUGGACCAGACUCGGCCCUACAGGAGGACAUGGACCAGACUCGGCCCUACAGGAGGACAUGGACCAGACUCGGCCCUACAGGAGGACAUGGACCAGACUCGGCCCUACAGGAGGACAUGGACCAGACUCGGCCCUACAGGAGGACAUGGACCAGACUCGGCCCUACAGGAGGACAUGGACCAGACUCGGCCCUACAGGAGGACAUGGACCAGACUCGGUCCAACAGGAGGACAUGGACCAGACUCGGUCCAACAGGAGGACAUGGACCAGACUCGGUCCAACAGGAGGACAUGGACCAGACUCGGUCCAACAGGAGGACAUGGACCAGACUCGGUCCAACAGGAGGACAUGGACCAGACUCGGUCCAACAGGAGGACAUGGACCAGACUCGGUCCAACAGGAGGACAUGGACCAGACCCGGGUCUACAGGAGGACAUGGACCAGACUCGGCCCUACAGGAGGACAUGGACCAGACUCGGCCCUACAGGAGGACAUGGACCAGACUCGGCCCUACAGGAGGACAUGGACCAGACUCGGCCCUACAGGAGGACAUGGACCAGACUCGGCCCUACAGGAGGACAUGGACCAGACUGGCCCUACAGAGGACAUGGACCAGACUCGGCCCUACAGGAGGACAUGGACCAGACUCGGCCCUACAGGAGGACAUGGACCAGACUCGGCCCUACAGGAGGACAUGGACCAGACUCGGCCCUACAGGAGGACAUGGACCAGACUCGGCCCUACAGGAGGACAUGGACCAGACUCGGCCCUACAGGAGGACAUGGACCAGACUCGGCCCUACAGGAGGACAUGGACCAGACUCGGCCCUACAGGAGGACAUGGACCAGACUCAGCCCUACAGGAGGACAUGGACCAGACUCAGCCCUACAGGAGGACAUGGACCAGACCCGGGUCUACAGGAGGACAUGGACCAGACUCGGCCCUACAGGAGGACAUGGACCAGACUCGGCCCUACAGGAGGACAUGGACCAGACUCGGCCCUACAGGAGGACAUGGACCAGACUCGGCCCUACAGGAGGACAUGGACCAGACUCGGCCCUACAGGAGGACAUGGACCAGACUCGGUCCAACAGGAGGACAUGGACCAGACUCGGUCCAACAGGAGGACAUGGACCAGACUCAGCCCUACAGGAGGACAUGGACCAGACUCAACCCUACAGGAGGACAUGGACCAGACUCAGCCCUACAGGAGGACAUGGACCAGACUCAGCCCUACAGGAGGACAUGGACCAGACUCAGCCCUACAGGAGGACAUGGACCAGACCCGGGUCUACAGGAGGACAUGGACCAGACUCGGCCUACAGGAGGACAUGGACCAGACUCGGCCCUACAGGAGGACAUGGACCAGACUCGGCCCUACAGGAGGACAUGGACCAGACUCGGCCCUACAGGAGGACAUGGACCAGACUCGGUCCAACAGGAGGACAUGGACCAGACUCGGUCCAACAGGAGGACAUGGACCAGACUCGGUCCAACAGGAGGACAUGGACCAGACUCGGCCCUACAGGAGGACAUGGACCAGACUCGGCCCUACAGGAGGACAUGGACCAGACUCGGCCCUACAGGAGGACAUGGACCAGACUCGGCCCUACAGGAGGACAUGGACCAGACUCGGCCCUACAGGAGGACAUGGACCAGACUCGGUCCAACAGGAGGACAUGGACCAGACUCAGCCCUACAGGAGGACAUGGACCAGACUCAACCCUACAGGAGGACAUGGACCAGACCCAGGUCUACAGGAGGACAUGGACCAGACCCAGGUCUACAGGAGGACAUAGAACUUCCCAUAGAGGCUUAG